AUGCCCAAGAGGAAGGUUAGCUCCACCGAGGGGGUGGCGAAGGAGGAGCCCAAGAGGAGGUCGUCGGCGAGAUUGUCAGCCAAACCUGUUCCUGCAAAAGUGGAAACGAAGCCAAAAAAGGCGUUGGGAAAGGAUAAAUCUGCAGACAAAAAAGUGCAAACGAAAGGGAAAAGGGGAGCAAAGGGAAAGCAGGCCGAAGUGGCUGACCCAGAACCUCAAGAUCUACCCGCGGAAAAUGGAGAAACUGAAAACGAGGAGAGUCCAGCCUCAGAUGAAGCAGGAGAGAAAGAAGCCAAGUCUGAUUAA